UGGAAAUGCCUCUCUCCAAAAUUAUAAUCAUUUGUAUCACAUCAUAUGAAUACUUUAAUUUUUUAUCCUUAAACUGCUUACUUGUGGUAAGUGAUAGCCAUAAAAACAGUCCACUGCCUUCCCUUGGUGUCCGUCUUCUCUCCAACAUGGCAUUCAGCACCUCCCAUGUCCUAGUACUUUGGCAGAGCACUGAAGGAGGAGAAAUAUUUUCCCUUAGAGGAAAUAUUAGAGACUUUAUUUUCAGAUCUUUGGCUUAACAAGGUGGAACUGAGUAGCUCAAAGGGACACACUACAUGAAAGCUUUUAUUUACUCUGUAGAAUGGGGUGUUUCAAUUAGUAAAGGUGAGAGUUGGUGUUGGUUGGUAUUCGUUUUAUUAGUUGGCACUUUAUCAUGCUUUAAAUAGAGUAUUGAUGGAAGGUUAUGUUCAGAGAGAUCUGGGAUCUUGCCAGGAAUUCAGUGAGAGAUUAAUAUUAUUAACAAGAUAUAUUGAUUGUCAGCUACUUAUCCGAGAGCCCAGAGAUUUUAUACACUCCCACAGAAAAUGGUAUUCAGUUAGGGAGUGUAUCUUCUAAGAAUCCUUUCAACUUCAGCUGACAGGAAAUUCAACUAAGUAGCCUAAGGGCGGGGGCGGGGGGGAGUUUGUCACAUAAUAAAUCUGGAAUUAGUCAUUUAAGCCUGGCGUGGCAUCCAGUGGUAUCAACAAAGAACUCUUAAUUCUGGGCUGCCAUCCUAUUGUCUGGUGUUUGUCACUGGAAGAUCAUAAGGAUGUUGUGACCGAACAACAGAGAACAACAGAAGAUUUUAAGAGCAUAUAGGCACUCAGCUUCAGUCACACUAAUUUCCAUGUCAUUUCCCCCCAUACUACUGACAGCCAACUUCAGUUUUUUGCUCAUUGGUGAUGUUCAGGGAUGUGGUUGUAGACUUAUCUCAGGAGGAGUGGGAGUGCCUGGACUUAGAACAGAGACAUUUGUACAGAGAUGUGAUGUUGGAGAACUACAGCAACAUGAUCUCACUGGGACUUUGCAUUUAUCAGCCAGAUGUGUUCUCUUUACUGGAGAAGGGGAAAGAGCCCUGGAUGGUUUUACAGGAUGAGACAAGAGGACCUUGCCCAGAUGUGCAGUCCAGAUAUCAGAGCAAGAAGUUAUCACAAAAAAAUGUCACUUUUGAGAAAGAAUUGACUCAAUUGGAAAUUUGUAAAAAACACAGCCUGGAAUAUUUAUGUUUUAGGGGUGAUUGGGAAAGCAAAGAUCAGUUUGAAACACAACAGGAAAAUCAGGAAGAGUGUUUUAAGCAGAUUAUACUCACCAAUGAAAAAAUGUCCACUUUUAACCAUCACACAGCUUUUUAUGUACAUCACAAACAGAAUAUAGGAAAGAAACAGAAUGAAUUUAAAGAAUCUGGGAAAGCCUUUUCUCCUGGCUCAGACUGUACUCAACAUCAAGUAAUUCACAUUAGGGAGAAAUUUUGUGAAGAUAAGGAAUAUGAGAAGACCUUUCUUUCUGAUUCAGAACUUACUCGCUAUCAGACAGUUCACACUGCUAAGAAAACAUAUGAGUGUAAAGAAUGUGGGAAGGCAUUUAGUUUGCGUUCAAGUCUUACUGGUCAUAGGAGGAUUCAUACUGGUGAAAAACCUUUUAAAUGUAAGGCAUGUGGGAAGGCCUUUAGAUUUCAUUCACAACUUAGUGUCCAUAAGCGUAUUCAUACUGGUGAGAAGUCUUAUGAAUGUAAGGAAUGUGGGAAGGCUUUUAGUUGUGGCUCAGAUCUUACACGACAUCAGAGAAUUCAUACUGGGGAAAAACCCUAUGAAUGUAACGAAUGUAGGAAGGCCUUUAGUCAGCGAUCACAUCUUACUAAACAUCAGAGAAUUCACACUGGUGAAAAACCUUAUGAAUGUAAAGAGUGUGGAAAAGCUUUUACUCGUGGCUCACACCUAACUCAACAUCAGAGAACUCAUACUAGUGAGAAAUCUUAUGAAUGUAAGGAAUGCGGAAAAGCCUUUAUUCGUGGUUCAAAUCUUGCUCAACAUCAGAAUGUUCAUGUUGGUAGGAAACCCUAUGAAUGUGAGAAAUGUGGAAAAGCCUAUAUUUGGAGUUCACACCUUGCUCGACAUCAACGAAUUCAUACUGAUAGGAAACCUUAUGAAUGUAAGCAAUGUGGAAAGACAUUUAUUUGGGCUUCAUAUCUUGCUCAACAUGAGAAAAUUCAUAAUGAGAGGAAACUCUAUGAAUGUAAGGAAUGUAGAAAGACCUUUCUUCAUGGCUCAGAGUUUAAUCGACAUCAAAAAAUUCAUACUGGUGAGAGAAACUAUGAAUGUAAGGAAUGUGGAAAGACCUUUUUUCGUGGUUCAGAACUUAAUCGACAUCAGAAAAUCCAUACUGGAAAGAGACCAUAUGAGUGUGAAGAAUGUGGAAAAGCCUUUUUCUGGGGUUCACAACUUACUCGACAUCAGAGAAUACAUACUGGUGAGGAACCUUAUGUGUGUAAAGAAUGUGGGAAAUCUUUUAUCUGGGGCUCACAACUUACACGACAUAAGAAAAUUCAUACUGAUACAGAAUCCUAUGAACAUAAGGAAAGUAGCCAGAUCUUUGGUCACCAUCCAUAUUUUACUGAACAGAAAAUUCACAAUGGUGAGAAUCUUCAUCAAUGGAAAGACUAUGGGAACACCUUUAGUCAGGACUCAGACUUCGCUCAACACCAGGAUAUUUACACUUUUGAGAAAUCCUGUGAAUAUAAAAAUUUUGAGACAUCACUUUCUCCAGGCUCUCACUCUUAUAAAAUCUUAUGGUAUAAAAAUAUAGGGAAGUCUUUAUUCAUGACUCACUAAUUGAUAUCCAUUAAUUCCUUCUUUUGAGAAACCCCACAAGUGUAAGUAAUAUUGGAAGACUCUUUGUCAGAGCACACAACACAUUCAACAGCAGAGAAUUCAUAAUGCAAUCUGUAUUAAUACAGGAAAGCAUUUACAGAAUGGUUUUCCAUUUGGAAUAUCAUAGUAAAACCCUAGAAUAAGAUGACACUGUGAAUCUCUUUUGAAUCAUUCUUAAAGCAUUCUCCACAUCAUUGAUAUUAUUCUGCAUAGAAUUUAACUCUAACUGUUGUAGGUCAACCUUCCAUCACUAUUUGAAUCUUGUUACACUUCCACAAAAUUAUACCAAAGGUGAAUUUCUGUUAUGUAAUUAAUCUUGGAAAGCCUUGAGCUACGCCAUACAACUUAUUUGGUAUGCCUUAGUUCCAACGCGUCUUAUCUGUGUUUUUUGGAAAGUAACUCAAAUCUGGGUCUGUUUUCUUACUUAUUUGAUUAUAAAGGGUUAAAUGAGUUUGACGACUUAAAUGACAUCAGGACCACAUUAAUAUUAGUAUUAGACCAUUUCUAUGAGAAAGACUUUGACAAUAUAAUGAAUAUAGACAAAUAUGCCAUCUGUAUAUGUGUCUUAUUGAACAGUAGGAUAAUUCUGAAGAAAAACCCGUAAAACAGAAUGAAAGGAAGAAAGUUUUGAAUCAGUAUUCAUUUGCUGCACCAAAAAAUCCAUACGGUAAAGAAAACCUUAUGGUUUUAAUGAAAGUGGGGUUGUUGAGUGCUCAAAAAUGUUUUUUGUUUUGUUUUUAAAGGCAUUUGAAGGUGAUUUGUCUCUGACAAAUUUCUAAAGUCAAAUGUCCUAUCCAUUUUAUCACCACAAUUAAAAUUAAAAAUUAGAAAAUGGCCAGAUGAAUUCUUUUUGGAAAUUUAUUACUUACAUAUAUAAAUAAUUUUCAAAGUAAUAAGCAAAUUGAAAGUGAAACUACAGGCUAUUUAGUUGUAAAUGAUAAUGAAACUGCUAUAUAACAAAUCUUACGAAUAUGACCGUGGCAGUUCUCAAUGGAAAUUAUUCUACGUAUAUAACUAAACCAAUUGACAGCAGUUUACUUCUUGUCACCACUGUGUCUCCAGCACUUAUGACAGUGCCUGUCAUAUUGUGGAAUCCAGAUAGUUGUCAAAUUAAAUAAUGAUUACUGAACUAAACAAGCUAAUGUCCCAAUGGGCAUUUUGAAUUAAUCGAAAGUUGUAAUGAAAAUAAAGCAAAAAUCAUGGAAUAAAGAA